GAUUUGAUUACAUUAUUUUGUGUAGUUAAACCAGUUUGAAGGUUUGAAAGUUGAAGCCUUAAAGGUGUGCGCGUCUUUCGAUAGAAACAUUUCGAUGCAGCAACUGAAACAAAAUGUUAUCUUUGCGUAGCUAAUGGCACAUUAAGCACAUUUUGAUUUAAAGGUUUAGUUUAGGAUCAUGUUAGUGUCGUAGAUCAGCGCGAGACAAAAAACUUAACCUGUCAGCUGGUUUAAAUUUUAAGUCAGGAAGCGAGAAAGGCAAUGCGGAAGAUAAUAAACAUUGUACAGUUGUGUAAGUGAGUGCGCCGGCGCGCGCGCGUGUAAAACCGCGUAGAAGCGCGAGCCACGCCACCACCAGAGAGGGGUUCCCCUUUCCAACAGUUCGCAAAGAGCAGAGGGGCUGACAGAGGCUCUUUAACGUGUAAAUACUCGGACAACAAACAUCGAGGAAGUAGCCUACCGCAGAGGAUCGGCUGAACACUUAAACUCAAACUGCGUUUCUGAAAGUGAAAUGACCAGAUUUGAAGGGUAACGUGAAUCUGCUUUGCGCUUCUCGUCGUGCGCUCUCACGACGGAUUUAGGUUUCCAAUGCCCAAAGAGUGCAGGAGAAAAACCUCCAAGGACUUCGGGCUUUCUGGGACUGGAAUAAACGAGGGGUCGCGUUUAGAGCGAAGAACAGCCGCGAAGUCAUCCCAGAUUUGCGAUGAUCUCAUUCAGAAAGCCGCUCAGAUCGCCCCGCCGUCCGCAGCCGGAGCGCCGACUGUGAUGGAGGUACCGCAGGUCACCAUCACCCCGGAGGGAGGCGGCUCCUCCCGGGAGAUGCAGCAGGAGGACUGGGAUGAUGUGGUGGACGGUUCCCUGCGCAGGAAGCUGUCCAACUCGUCCAUCUCCUCCACAGGGUCCUCCGCUGUGGAGUCCGAGGAUGACUUACUCAGUGACAACGAGAACAAAAGCAAAGGCAUCAUCACUUUAGAGCACCUGGUGGACACCGGAGAGAGCAAGCCGUGGUGGAAGUUAAAGACGAUUGUCCACUGGCCCUUCAGUGCUACCCAGAGGAGAAAACUGAACUGGGUUCAGCUAGCCGGACAUAAAGGUAACUUCAAAGCAGCAGAUGAGGGCACCAUCCUGAAGAAGUUCUCGGAAAAUGAGAUGCAGUGUUUUGAGAAGUUGAGGGAUGACACACUUCUCCCGUUUGUGCCCUGUUACCACGGCAUUGUGGAAAAAGAUGGAGAGUCUUUCCUUCAUAUGACUGACCUGCUGGCGAACUUUGACCUUCCCAAUGUCAUGGAUUGCAAGAUGGGAGUGAGGACAUACUUGGAGGAGGAGCUUGUCCGGGCGCGGGAACGGCCCAAACCGAGGGAGGACCUGUACAAGAAAAUGGUGGAGGUGGACGGCAAAGGGCCGACUCCCCAGGAGCAUUCCCAACGAGGCGUCACCAAGCCUCGCUACAUGCAGUGGAGGGAGACCAUGAGCUCCACCAACACCUUGGGCUUCCGGAUAGAAGGGAUCAAGAAAUGUGACGGUACGUGUCGAACUGACUUCAAGAAAACCAGAUCGAAGCAGGAUGUCAUCCUGGUGUUCAAGGACUUUGUUGGAGGGAACAUCAACAUCAUGAAGUCUUACCUGAACAGACUGACGGAGAUCCGGCAGGCCCUGAAGACGUCAGAGUUCUUCAAGCAACACGAGGUCAUUGGCAGCUCUCUGCUCUUUAUCCAUGACCACACGGGCAAAGCCCAGGUCUGGAUUAUUGACUUUGGCAAGACCACAGCGUUACCAGUGGGCCAGACGUUGAAACAUGACAUUCCCUGGCAGGAAGGCAACCGGGAGGAUGGCUACUUGUGGGGGCUGGAAAACCUCAUCCACACACUGGAGUCUGUAAGCAAUGAAGAAACUAGCGAAGACACCUUUUGCUCACUUACCAAAGAAAAUAGCCAAACUACAGAAACGGAUGGUCAGUGACCUUUGACUUAGGCCUAUAGAUGGGUGAAAUGAACUCAAGCUAUUGUAAUGGACACCACAGAGAGACCCUUAGGGAGGUUUCAUAUAUGUUGAUUUGUUUUGGGUGCUCUAAGAGAAAUGUUAAAAAGAGUACAGAAAUGCUACAACAACAUUUAGAGUAGCCCAAGAAGAGAUUUAUAAAACCACUGACAGAAAAGACACAAUGGACACUGAACAGAGAGGAGCAGAGAAUUUGUCACUAGUUUCUGAACGAUUGAGCAAAUGAACUGACACUAAUUUAACUUCCUACAAAAUAAACAGAAGUGAAAGUGUAAGGAUUCUGCAUUUCAGUUUCAGGGAUGGGAUGUUCUAUGUGAAGGAAAUGCUCAUGAAAUACGAAUUAAAACAAGGAGAAAGUGAGCUAUCACAAGUCACAAACUCAGUCCUCCUUAUUACCACCGAACCCCCAGCCCCCAUGUUACAUCUGUUAGUGUAAUAUCAAAGUAUAAAUUCUGUGCAGUAUGAAACUCUGACUGGGUCACAGACCUCAUAGUCAUAUGACUACAACACAUAACACAUUGUCAAUAUAGUACUGCAUACUGUAUAAUGAUUAGUGUUUUUUAUUGUAUAUCCAUUUAUAUUUCUUCACUGCUGUAAUCAAACUUUAAUUUAAACUUAAAAAUUUAAAUUAAACUUUUAAUUAUUUUCAUUUCUUGUGUUGUUGCAGAGCUUGUUGGAUAUUGAUGCUGCAAUGUUUGCUAUAGCACAUUCUUUGGUCCUGGUCAGAGAUGUUCUGCAAAUGAAAUGAAUGAAAAUGUAUAUAAAAAUUAAAAAGGGAAAAUACUGUUAUUUUUAUUUUCAAUAGUAAAACACUAUCGUAGCAUCUUAAAUAUGUUAGCCAGGACUGAGUUCACUCAUUUUCAUUUUGUACCAUUGGGACAAAACUCUGUGUAACUGAUGAAACUCACACACAUAAGAGCAAUGUAUCUUGAUUUAUUUGGGGCACAGUUAGGUUAGAUGAAAGUGUGAAAUACAGUAUAUUGCAUAGAAUGCAUUUUUGGUUGAGGCACAACACCCUCAACUACAUAAAGAAUGCAGAAAAAACAACUUUUCAGUGAGUGUGAAAUAAAAUGUACCAGGCCACGA